AUGUAUUCUUCUAAGUCUAUUCGCUGGAUAGCAUAUAAAUCGAGACGAAGAGUCAUGCAUCGACACGUGACAAUGCCACUUUCGGAGAAAUUCAUGGCAAUGCAUUUGUAUCCACAUCAAUUAGAUGCACAAAUUUUGCGUAAGGAAAUGACGGCAUCGAACGGAAACUUAAGCCAAAUGGAGAAAAAUCGGUUUUCACACACGGAUUCAUCACCUUUAUCAAUGAUAAAUCGACACUUAUCGAUGUCGUCGUACGAUCCAUUUCAUGAAGAACAACAACCGUUGCGUGUUCAUGUUGGGAACAUUCCAUUUUUAUGGACGAUUGAUGAUUUACGUAAACAAUUUCUCGUAUUUGGGCCAGUCAAAGAUCCUGAGAUUGUUUCUAAUGAACGUGGCUCAAAAGGAUUCGGAUUUAUUACGUUUCUUCGUCACAGUGAUGGAAUGAAUGCUAUUCGUGUCAAGAAUGGUUCUAUUGCUGAUGGACGGAAAAUAACUGUUGCUUUAGCAUCAUCCCGUUCAUCGUCUCGUUUAAGUUAUCAUCAUUGCUGUUGCUGUAAAAGUUUCUGCUGA